UAAAUCCAAAUAACUUAAAUGUCAAAAAUCAAUACUGUGAUGGAUUAAAUGCCACAUGUGGAAUUGAUAUACAUCUAGCAAGAAAGCUGCUGCUCCCCAGAUCUUGCCAUAGUUUUAUGAAAAACAUAAAGUUCAGAGGCAAAUCCUACAACAACUGUAGCAAAAUCUUUAAAUUUCAUGAAUUGGAAAUGGGCUAUUGUUAUUUAGCAAAUAACAUCAUUGAUUAUGGUUCAACGCACAAUUUACCAUUAAAGUAUUACAUAUCAGAAAAGAAAAACCUUUUCGAAGUAAUGUUAAAAAGUGGAUCUUUUUGGAAAUACGAGAUGUACGUACAUAGCCAUAUAGACAUUCCAUAUUUUAAUACAAUUAGUAUUGAUUUAUCUCUUGACCCAAUGGUUAAUUGCUAUAAAAUUGAAGAAGUUCAAAAUGAUAUAAAUGUGGGUAGGGAAAACCCCAGUAAACGAAAGUGCAAAUUUCCUUUCGAAAAACUUUACGAUUCAAACCAUCCUUACAGUUUUUCGAAUUGCAUGGCAGUUUUAAGGAAAAACUUGGAGAUGAAGUACUGUAAUUGCACACUUUCUUAUUCACCACCAAAAUGUGAGUACAGUUUUAUACAAUAAUUAUAUUUAUACA